AUGGUGUUCCCGGAAAUAAGACCAAUGUCCUUCCGCUUCAACUCGCGCAACGACACCUCUCCGAACGCCAGUUUUACCGAAGCCACGAAAAAACUUGCCAGGACGUAUUACCCACUCAUCUACGUGGACAAACGUAGACUGGCCAAGUCAAUAAUCGAUGUGCAGGCCAGCUUUGAGGUGUGCUUCGACUCGCUUGAGGAGAUAGACCGCCUUGCCACCGAGGUGGAGAGUUUGAAUUACGCCAUCUAUGGUCUGGAACAGGCGCUGAGUCGAGCGGUUGCAGAACUCGGCACAAUUCGUGACGAGGUGCAAAAUCUCACUAUCGCCCUCAAGGCGAGCGAGCAGUUCAACCUUCGGCUGUACGAACAGCUGAUGAUCGUCGAUCGCAGCACCACCGAUGGCAUAGAGUGCAGCCAACAGACUCUGGAGACGUCUAGAUCUUAUAGAUUCGCUCCCGUGAACAUGAUGGACAAGUAUCGCAUUCCGAAGGCGACUGAAGACGCACUCAGCAGUGCUGCAUGCGACAGCGCCCAGCGCACACACACGGACGUCACCGCGUCGAGUCUGAUUGCAGCUCAGCACGCAGGCUCAGAUCACCAGAAGUGGGUUGCGCGGAUCCAGCACGCUCUGUCAAGUCGACACGCUGAAUUCAGCUUCCUCACCAUCGGCCUGUGGACGGAGGAGGUGUGCAGUAAUCACUACUUGCGCCAAGAUAACGACGACGACGCCGGGUGUUUUGGCAGAAAGAGAAGGACCACCACGUCACCGAACGACACCGAUCUCAAGUCCCUGCUGCUGGCACACCAAGUGAAGAUCGACGACGUACGCGCCACCCUAAGCACGAUUCAGAAGAACGUCCACGACCUCGGCGAGGAGAUCUUUGAGGAGCUGAAGCGUCAGCGCACGAGCCACGACGACGCCAAGAACAUCCACCGCGCCUUGAACAGUGAGCUGGGCGAAAGACGGGGUCAACUGGUGGAGAACUUGCUGGCCACCCACCACGCCGUCCAAACUCUCUUGGAGAUGGACGAACAAAACAACGGUCUGGUGGGCAAACUGAUCAAGUCAAGACCCCUCUUCGCGGAGCUCCAAGACGCGCUGGUUCGUGGAAGCCUGGUGACCUCCGAAGGUCGGCCAGACGCCAACCAGAGCUCCUUCCAAAUGCUUCCAGAAGUUCUGGGUCCCCAGGGCUGGGCUCAGCUGCUGGACAAGCUUCGGAGUGUCCGGUUGUACAGCCCGAGAAGCAAACGCGAUUCCACCAACACCUCGACGCGACACUUGCCAUCGGAGCAAACCUCACGCGCCACAAGCGCAUGA